AUGCAGUCAAACCUUACCAUCGGCAACCCAUUGUCGUUGGACCGCAUUCGUUCGGUCCUGGUCAGGCUUGAGGAUACCAUCAUCUUCUCCCUUAUCGAGCGCGCCCAGUUUGUCCACAAUGCACGUAUGUACGAGCGCAAUGCGUUCAAGGAACUGCAAGGUAUCGGAUUCACUGGCAGUUGGCUAGAGUGGUUCCUCAAGGAGACCGAGACAUUCCAUGCAAAAGCAAGAAGAUAUACUAGCCCAGACGAAUACCCCUUCUCAAGCGACCUGCCAGAACCCAUUAUACCACCCCUAUCCUUCCCACAAAUCUUAUACCCGAAUAAAAUCAACGUAAAUCCAUCCAUUCUUUCAUUCUACACGCGCACUAUCGUCCCCCGGAUAACUCGACACGCCACCCUGCUCCUCGCGGCUACAAAACGGGCCAAGGGAAUCGUCGGAGACGAAGAGUAUGAAGAUGACGGCAAUUAUGGGAGUGCUGCGACAAUCGAUAUUGAAGUUUUGCAAGCAAUCAGUAAAAGGGUUCACUACGGCAAAUUCGUCUCCGAAUCCAAGUUUUUGCAAGACCCCGCUGCUUUCAUCCCGCACAUCCUGAAACCCAACCGUUCGGCACUAGAGGCUCUCAUAACAAAGCCAGAAGUCGAGCGCAAGUUGCUGAUACGGCUGCAGAAAAAGGCAGAGACGUACGCUCAGGACUUUGCCUCCGAUGGUACUCAAUUGCCUAAUGGACCUGUGAGUGGGGCAUCCAAAAUUGACGUGGCUGGUGUGGUAGAACUUUACGAGAGUUUUAUCAUCCCACUGACGAAGGAGGUCGAGGUAGAUUAUCUUCUGCAACGCUUAGUUGGGCUAUCAGAUGCAGAGAUCGACAUGUUGGUCAAGAAGGGUAUCACUCCAUCAUACCAGUUCCUUGAUUAG